AUGGAUGAAAAGCGGCGAGAAUAUCAAAUACAACCACGGCCACGGUACAUUUGUGAGCAGUCAGAACACGACAGUUAUGGUUUGAUCAAUCCGAUGUAUUUGACCAAUGAGUUUGCUGCUGACUUCAGAAAAAUUCUGGCCGGUGAAAGCGAAUCCUCAAAACCAUUUCCUCACAUUUCACUUCCCAAUUUUCUGAUGAGUAUGAAAUUUCUGGGUGCCUUACGACAAGAAUUGGACAGGACGCGUUAUCGUCGCAUUGAAAAUGACUUGUAUUCACUUAACCAGACCGAUGAUUUGGCCAAUUAUGAUGCAGCAAAGGAUUUCAUCAAAACCGAUGUUUUGCAAUGGCUUAAAUCGGUAUCUAAAAUCGAUUUGAAUUCUGAUGUAGCAAUCACAGGCAGUUGUUACAAAAAUACAGAUUUACUUCUGCCGCACGAUGAUCAGUGUGAAGGACGAGCAAUCGCUUUCGUACUGUAUUUGUCUCCGAAUUGGAAAGAAGCCGAUGGUGGCCAGUUGGUUUUAUAUGAAACUGAUGACCAAAACAAUCCCAAAUCAAUCGUCAAAUCGAUGAAUCCCGUGGAAAACACCCUGCUUUUGUUCCCAGUUUCACCACGUUCAUGGCACAUGGUCACAGAGGUAACUUCGCAAAAGGAACGCAUUUCGUUGCAUGGUUGGUUCCACAGCGAUGUUUGUGUGACAGCAGAACGAGCGAAAUCAAAAAGCCCCGUUGUUGGACCAAAACCGCACAUGGAUAUUGCUCGCGAAGAACUGCGCGAUUGGCUCACACCAGAAUUUAUCGAUCCGAAAUAUCAUUCAGAUAUGAGCACAUAUUUUUGCUCGGAAGGAGAGCUUAAUUUAAUGCAAUUUCUACGUGUAAGUUCAAAUUUUUGCUCAAUUUUUUUGAUGAAAAAAAAAAGAAAUUUUCUCGGAAGGUCACUAAAAAAGCAUUUUAUAUAUAUAUGUAAUGCACGCAAAAUUUCGAAUAAUUCUAUUCCAUAA